UUUUUUCAUUAUUUCUCUGGUCUUUGAGCCUCUAGGGCUUGCGUUCAGUGUGCCGCCGCGAGGGCUAGAAAAUCACUAUGCUGAAAUUCCUGCGUAAUAGCAUGAUGCAGGGGGCCUGGGGUUUUAAGAAAGACACCAGCGCUGAGACUUGUGAUAAAAUCAUGAGAGCUGGCAACCGGGAGGCGAGGUUGGGUUCCCAGUACAAUCGGGCUUGACGCUAACACCGGAGCAGAAGUCAUGGAUGCUGCACCCCUCCCCCUCCCCAGUUAUUGCGGUCUCGUGUUGCACAGGAACUGACCGUGCAAGCACUGGGUCCCACACGGCUACUAGUAAAAGAACAGCAUUAAGGCUGGCGAGCGGAGCGCAGGAACCCACCAGCUGGCAGGUUGGACAAGAGCAGGGAUCCAUCUACGCCAGUGGCCAGCCCCAGCUUUUUCAGAAGCUCCCCCCACCCCACCCCCGAGCAAUUAUAGGGUAACAUUUCCACCUACUCCUUUCAAAGGUCAGCUCAUGGCCUGAAACAUGAGGUGUUAGGGCCCUUCCAUACUGGGGCGGGUGGGGGGGGAUUGUUUUUAACUCAUGGAUGUUUUCAUUACCCCCAGAAGUGUUCAGUCUUUUUGUGGGUCCAGCUGAGCUUGUGGCCUCAGUGGCGUCUUGUGGUAAUGAGUUCUGCAGGGUAACUGGCCCCUGUGUAAACUUUUUCCUUAUAUUGCUUUUAAAUCUGCUGCUUUUCACUGAUUGAGUGGCCUCUUGUGCUCUGAAGGAUACACUGAAAUCACCUACCUGCCUUCUCUCUCCAGUCAUGUUGUAUUCUUUCAUCAUGUCCCUUUUAUAUUUAUCUCCCAACAGCUCCGUCCUUUCCCUCAAAAGCUAGAAAAUGCCAGAAUUAAGCUUUCCCAUGUAACCUUAAUUCUCCCCUCGGUGGGUAUGAAUUGUGGGACAGUCUCUCAUUACAUGAUCAAACUGGCUCUCGACUAGGCUAUUUUCAUUGCCCAGGAGAAGGGAAAUGCAACCAGCAGUGUCCACAGUGAACGGUCUCUGAGAGCUCAUUUUAAUGCUAAUCUUGCGACGCAUUAUCUGUAGACCUGGAUCUUUUGUCUUUUUAAAUAUAUGUGACUUUUAGCUCAAUUGGGACCCAAUAACUCCUGUGCUUGCAGCAGCCCAUACUGACCAAUGUGCUGGCUCAGCACCCUGGAGGGCAGACUUCAGGGCCCGGUCCCAGGGAGAAAGGACCUGUUUUGUCCUUGCAAACGCACAGUUUAAAACAAGCCAGCAGGGAUAGUUCAGUCCCACGCAGGUGCUGCUCCCGUCCUUGGUAACACGCUGUGGCACAUUAUCCGCCAUGCACACGGCUAAGCGUGUGAGCCCAGGGCUUUCUGAGCACUAACCGGCGGGAAGAGACCUCUGCACAGUGCUGGUCCCAGCUGACCUUGCAUGCUCAGAUCUUCCCUUUGCCAGGACACCGGCAACCAGAAGCAGCUGCAGCACACCAGCUGCUCCCAGCCCAUGUCAGAAGCAAUAACAGCACCCAGCAAAGAGCCUCCCAGAUUCAUUCAGCCCUCGCUGCCCCCAGGUUCCCGACAGGCUUGGAACGAGAGUUGGGAUGUUGGAGGUCAGGGGAGAAGGAGCAAACAGUUGUAACGUCAGGGAUUUGCUGUUUAAAGAAACAGACGCGAAAGCCCCUGCUUUGUCCCACGUUCCCUAGUGCUGGCAAUGUCCUUGCAAUAAGGAGCUUAGAGCUGGCUGAGCUCAGCCAGUUCCAAGGUUGCAGGAGCUUUUCUUCUGCAGCAGGGGCGGGGGGGCUGGCAAGUGGGUCACUGAGCCAUGGAACGGAGCCCUGGCCCGCCCUGGGCUGGGAGAAGCCGGGACCUGGAGCCAGUGGACUGCACCAGCUGCUGACACCCCACCGCAGCCAUGAGCCUGGAGCCCCCCAAGCUGGAGAUCAAGUCAGCCACCAGGGUGACUGGAGGGCCAGCCACCCCCAGGAAAGGGCCCCCCAAAUUCAAGCAGAGGCAAACCAGACAGUUCAAGAGCAAGCCACCCAAGAAGGGGACCCAAGGGUUCGGUGAUGACAUCCCUGGCAUGGAGGGGCUGGGAACAGACAUCACCGUGAUUUGCCCCUGGGAAGCUUUCAGUCACCUGGAACUCCACGAGCUGGCGCAGUACGGCAUCAUCUAGCCGGCCCCUGAGCGUGUCUCUCAUGGCAGCCCACAGAGUGUCACUAUUUAUACAGAGGGGGCUGCAGCCGCUUUCGCUGCUAGUGACCAGACCAGCCUCAACAAGCUCUUUCAAAUAAACACGCUCAGUCGAAUCUGCUCUGAGUCUGACCUGGCUUUCUGAGCCAGCCUAUUCCACCCUUGACGCUCCCAUGCAGCCUGGACGGGUUGCUUAACACAGGAUUUCCCCAAGACACGCUGUGUACCACCAGUCGCAUUCACCUCUCAGCCUGCCCAGCCCGCUGGAGCCAGGCCGGUGGGAUUUGGCAUUUAACGUGUGCUAAUUGUUUGAAAGCCCUGGAAUUUUCACUAGGGCUGCAGACUUAGCAAACGGGAGGUGCAGUGUGAGGUGUAGAAUGAUCCUCCCUCUGUUGUGUAUUAGCGGCCUGUUCUUCACAGCUGCCUAGGGCUGGGGCAGGUUCUCUCUCUGCAGGAGCCAGGGUAGCUUUACAUUACCAUAAGCUGCAGAGGGUGGAUUAUAUGGGCUAAUUACCAGCACUUGCCAAAACCCAGGCAUCACACCCCCCACCAAGCCUCCCCAUUGUUCAGUGAAAAUGCUUUUAGAUGGACAUCCCCCCUCCCCAAGGCCAGGCAGCUCUCCUCCUUAAAACUUCCCCUGCCCCUUGUCUCAAAACAGGCAGCCCCGGGGAAAUGCAGCCCCCUAUGGGGAGGAGCCGAGAACUCCCUGCUUGCAGGGGGUGGGCUCCACAGAGGUAGCAUAAAGCCUGGCUGCUUGGGUGAAAGGAGGGGGUCAAGGUUCAAGGCAUUUUGUGGUGGCACAGAAGUCUCUUGAUCUGAGCGAAGCUGCUUGUGUAAGCGGCUCUGGAAGCUGGGAGCCCGGCCUCCUUUGCCCAUGGAUAAUUGACACAGCUGUGCCCAGAGGCGAGGCAGAGGGAGCAGCUGGGGCAGUUUCCCACUCAGCACAAAGCCCUAUUUGAGCAUGUCACAUCCUCCGAGGACCAGCAAACAUUAGUCACCUGGAGAUUCCCCUUGGGGGCGGGAGGGCAGAGAAUGCUGCAGCCAGGAGCCUCUGA